AUGUUAACACGAGCUGACUUACAGUUUUGGAAUUGUGCCUUCAACCCGAAUCCAUUCACUGCUCAUUUCCCACACCACGACCUCUUACUCAGACAGCCCCAACAGUCUCAAGGAGAUGCUCAGCUUCAACCCCUCCCUCUCCUGUUCAUGCUCCACACAGCUGGACCAAAUAACACCUCGAAGAGCGAACAGCCCCCACCAUCAGCAUCCGGAAAUAAUCCUGAAAAGGAACUGACAUCAAACCAGAAAAAUGAAGAAUCUAAAAAAAGGCAGUGGACUUUGGAAGAUUUUGACAUUGGUUGUCCACUGGGUAAAGGAAAGUUUGAUCAUGUUUACUUGGCAAGAGAGAAACAAAGCAAGCUUAUCCUGGCCCUCAAAGUGUUGUUUAAAGCUCAGCUGGAGAAAGCAGGCGUGGAGCAUCAGCUCCGGAGGGAAGUGGAAAUACAGUCCCACCUGCGGCACCCUAAUGUUCUCAGACUCUAUGGCUUCCAUGAUGCCACCCGAGUGUACCUGAUCCUGGGUGCACCGCUGGGAACCGUCUACAGAGAGCUUCAGAAACUUUCCAAGUUCGAUGAGCAGAGAACUGCUACCUAUAUCACCGAGUUGGCAAAUGCCCUGUUGUACUGUCAUUCAAAGAGAGUUAUUCAUAGAGAUAUUAAACCCGAGAACCUGCUUCUUGGAUCAGCUGGGGAGCUGAAGAUUGCAGACUUUGGGUGGACGGUACACGCUCCAUCCUCCAGGAGGACCACUCUGUGUGGCACGCUGGACUACCUGCCCCCCGAGAUGAUUGAGGGCCGCAUGCAUGACGAGAAGGUGGACCUCUGGAGCCUGGGAGUCCUUUGCUACGAGUUUUUAGUUGAGAAGCCUCCUUUUGAGGCAAACACAUACCAAGAGACCUACAGAAGAAUAUCACGGGUUGAAUUCACAUUCCCUGACUUUGUAACAGAGGGAGCCAAGGACUUCAUUUCAAGGCUGCUGAAGCACAACCCCAGUCACAGGCCCACUCUGGCAGAAGUACUUGAGCACCCAUGGGUCAAAGCGAAGUCAUCGAAACCCUCCAGCUGCCCAAAGAGCCCGCCAGCGAACAGUCUUAAUCAUGCAGGGGCGGAAUCCUCGAGCCAGGGCUGCUGCAUAACCCAUCUGCCAGGAACACGCUAUGGAGUUUGUCCUGCGGAGUACUACAGGGAACGCCUGCCUUGCUGGGCGAGCGAGCAGUGCCUCCGCCUCUGCCGCCUCCUCCAGCGCUGCUUCAGUAGACUUGGCACUCUGGAGGGAAAGCAGCCACGAGAGUCGUGCGACCUCUACCGAUUUCACCACCUGGAGGCAAGGUUUGUCUGUGCUGGACAAGGGGUCCCUGUGGGAGACAAAUUUGGUGUCUGCUUGUGGGCAGAUUUUCAGAUCGACGUGGAGUUUUUCUCCUGUGGCAUCUCCUCGGUGCUCUCCAUGUCUGUCAGUGUGGUUUCUGGUCCUCGGUCACCUUGGGAGUAG